UCCUUGCCACGCAGACUUCCGCCCUGCCCGGAGCUCCGCGGCCUGUGGUUGCUCUCGUCGGAGAUGAGGUUGUGAUACUCGGCGCAGAGCCUCCACGCAGGAACCAUGUCGGAAGGAAACGCGGCGGGCGAGCCCAGCAAUCCUGGAGGGCCGCGACCCCUUCUCUCUGGGGGCCGGGGGCUGAUCGGCCGGCGGCCCGCACCCCCGCUUACGCCGGGUCGCCUUCCCUCCAUCCGCUCCCGGGACCUCACCCUUGGCGGAGUCAAGAAGAAAACCUUCACCCCAAAUAUCAUCAGUCGGAAGAUCAAAGAAGAGCCAAAAGAAGAAGUAACUAUGAAGAAGGAAAAGCGUGAACGGGACAGGGACCGCCAGCGUGAGGGUCACGGACGGGGACGUGGCCGCCCGGAAGUGAUCCAGUCCCAUUCUAUCUUCGAGCAGGGUCCAGCAGAAAUGAUGAAAAAAAAAGGGAACUGGGAUAAGACCGUGGAUAUGUCCGACAUGGGACCUUCUCAUAUCAUCAACAUCAAAAAAGAGAAGAGAGAAACGGACGAAGAGACCAAGCAAAUCCUGCGCAUGCUGGAGAAGGAUGACUUCAUCGAUGACCCGGGGCUAAAGAACGACACACGAAACAUGCCAGUGCAGCUGCCACUGGCUCAUUCAGGGUGGCUUUUUAAGGAGGAGAGUGAAGAGCCAGAGGCUAAGCCUUUUUCGGCUGGCCCCAAGGAAGAAGACAUGGAGGUGGACGUGCCUGCUGUAAAAGUGAAAGAGGAGCCACGAGAUGAGGAAGAGGAGGCCAAGGUGAAAGCCCCUCCAAGAGCAGCCCGGAAGACUCCUGGCCUCCCAAAGGACGUGUCGGUGGCAGAGCUGCUCAGAGAAUUGAGCCUCAUGAAGGAUGAGGAGCUGCUGUUCCUUCAGCUGCCUGACACCCUCCCCGGGCAGCCACCCACUCAGGACAUCAAGCCUGUCAAGACGGAGGUUCAGGGCGAGGAUGGACAGAUGGUAGUCAUAAAGCAGGAAAAAGACCGGGAAGCCAGGCUAGCGGAGAAUGCUUGUACCUUGGCUGACCUGACAGAGGGUCAAGUGGGCAAACUGCUCAUCCGUAAGUCAGGGAAGGUGCAACUCCUCCUGGGCAAGGUGACUCUGGAUGUGACCAUGGGAACGACCUGUUCUUUCCUGCAGGAACUGGUGUCUGUGGGCCUCGGAGACAGCAGAACAGGGGAGAUGACAGUCCUGGGACAUGUGAAGCACAAACUUGUAUGUUCUCCUGAUUUUGAAUCUCUCUUGGACCACAAACACCGGUGAAAUGGACAGAUGGAGGAGCACGGUGACUGUGCCCACGACCGCACAUGUUCUCAAAUACAUGCAGCCCAGAAGGGCCUCUUUAGCCCACCCGUUGCAGCCUUUGGCUGUAGUCCCAGUUUCCCCCGACUAGGGCCAUGCUGCCCCUCACCCCAGCUGUGAAUGGGACCUCACACGGUCUGGGUAUGGAAGGCACAUCCUCACCUCUGGGAACGUGACCCUGCUAUUUAUUUUUUAUUUAUGUCUUAAUCCUCAACUGACUGCAUUCUCCCAGAGUAGGAUGGGGCAGGUUUCUUUUUGGGGAGCCGUGGGCUACGGGGAUAGGAAGGGAAGGGGCUCAGGCAGGUAAGAAAGAACAGGGAUGUGAAGGAACUGAAGGCUUAAAACUCAGCCCCAGCUCCCUGGUUUCUAGCUCUGUGUCCUUAAACUAUCUAAUCUUUCUGAGCCUCAUAUUCCUCACCCGACAAACAUGAGGACAAUACCUACCUCGCAGGGUUGGUGUGAGCAGCACAGGGAAUGUUGUAGAUGGGAACUCCUUGCACAAGACUGGAUAUACAUUAUAUAAGGGGUGUGUGUAUGUAUACACAUGCAUACACAUAUAUGUGUAUAUAUAUAUAUAUGUGUAUAUAUAUAUAUAUAUAUACAUGUGUACAUAACUAUAGGCGCUCAAUAAAUGUUAGUUUUCCUUUCCUUUGAGUCUAUUUCCAAAUAAAUGAACUUUAUACUCGGAAGAAGUAAGUGGUUCUGCUCACGUCCCUACUUUUGUGACUCCAUUGUUUUUUAAUUUUUAACUCUUUUCAGUGCUGAGCCUGAGACCUGGAGCAUGCUAGGCAAGUGCCCUACCACUGAGCCAUAAGCCCCAGCUCUCCUUCAUCCUUACUCUGCACCCAUCCCACCCUGGGCUGAUGGAGUGAAUGAAUGUCCAUGUCAGCUCUUCUGUAGCUUCUAUCCCCUGCUGUCUUAGCCACUUGCUUCCCCUUGGAGUUUCUGUUAGAAGAAGUUGGAGGAGCCUUAAGGCACCCUGCAGGGGCCUUUAGGUGAUGUGGUAGGAGGACUGCUUACUCUGCACCCUCUCCUGCAGAAAGUGUCUCGUAGACUAACUCCCAUAAAGAUAUGGGUCAAGAGAAACAUCUGGCCAGAAUUCUCACUACACCUCAUCCAAUGGUGCUUAAAAGAGCAAAGCUGCCUUGGUGAGAUUGGGGUUGGCACUUAGAGGCUUGGUGUUUGAGCUGUUCUCUUCUGCCUCCUAGCGUCACCAGGUCAGCCUGUCAUGCCUGCUUCCCACUGCCAUGCCUAUGCUGCCUCCCCUGCUUCCUUCGCUGGGGUCAUUGUGCUGCCUGUGCUGCCUGGGAGAACAUCUGCUUGCUUGUCAGCAGGGCUGAGACAUUUUCAUGUUGGAGCAAAGACACUCCCAGCAUUAGCAUCUACAGGGAUGAAGCCCAGACUCAGUACUGACUGCCAGCUGGCUCUGGAUCAGUUAGGUACUUCUUGUAAUCUCUCUUCCCUUUCUCCUCUGGUCUGUGGUUUAUUGAGCACCACCGGGGCCUUUCCUGCAGAGCCUCUUGGGCUACCUAACCAGCUACCGGGAAGAGAUGGAAUAGUAACUGCAUUGUCUUGGAACCAAAAGCUCACACUCGCUCUGUCAGGUGGUGGUAUUUGUCUAGUUCAUCAAGAACAGGAGAGGAAGGGGCUCCCUGGGAGUGUAUGCCGUGUAGACCAUGGAAAUCCUGCCUGCUCUAAGGAGCUGUGGUGAGCUCUGGGCUCCUGCCCUUUGUGCUUUUAAAUAGCUGAUGACUGCGCUUGGGUGUCAGUGGGAUCCUCUGUUCUCAUCCAGAACCUCCUGCUUUUCUUGGUUUUCCCCCCUUUCUUUUUGGAGUAACCUAAUGGUCUUGGGUCUGAAGAUGUUUGGUAUUUUGCAAUCCAUAGUUCUUUGGGAUUUUUAAGUGUUUUUUUGCUGUUUUUGUUUUUUGGGUUUUUGUUGUAUUUAAGUGAGAUAAUAUCUCUACAUAGUUCAUUCUGGCCUCAAAGUUUCAACCCUGCCUUGGCCCUCUGAGUGCUUUAAUUAUAGGCAUG